AUGGGGGCUGUACAAUUUUUAAAGGAGCAGACUCGGGGAACCAAGUUGCUAUUUAAUUUCCUCUUCCAUGGCUUUCACAUUGGCCUGUUUGCUUUUGGAUGGUGGAAGCAAGCCAGUGACCCUAGACUCUCGGGUUUGAACUCUCUUACAUUCUCAGUAUGGAUAUCGAGAGGUGCCGGUCUGGUGUUGUCUGUAGAUGUUGCAUUGAUCUUAUUGCCCAUGUGCCGCAAUAUCUUGAGAUACAUUAGACCAAAGGUCAAAUUCUUACCACUUGAUGAGUCUCAAUGGUUUCAUCGACAAGUAGCAUACUCGUUAUUAUUCUGGACCAUAUUUCAUGUAGCUGCUCACUAUGUGAAUUUCUUCAACGUCGAAAAGACUCAAAUCCGACCUGUGACUGCAAUUCAGAUUCACUAUACCGAAGCUGGCGGUAUCACAGGUCAUAUCAUGUUACUAUGCAUGAUGCUGAUGUAUACCACCGCGCAUGCUAAGAUUAGACAACAAUCUUUUGAAACAUUUUGGUACACGCAUCAUUUGUUUAUUCCAUUCUUGCUUGGAAUGUACACACACGCUACGGGAUGUUUCGUCCGUGAUACCGCAGACCCAUUCUCUCCAUUUGAUGGCGAGAACUUCUGGGGACAUUGCUUAGGUUAUGAAGGAUGGCGUUGGGAGCUUUGGGGUGGUGGACUUUACUUCCUUGAGCGUGUGUAUCGCGAGAUCAGAAGUAGAAGAGAAACUCAAAUUGUUAGAGUCGUUCGUCAUCCAUAUGAUGCCAUGGAAAUUCAAUUCAGAAAGCCAUCAAUGAAGUACAAGGCAGGCCAAUGGCUUUUCCUCAACGUCCCAUCUGUUUCCCGUGAACAGUGGCAUCCAUUCACCAUCACAUCAUGUCCAUUCGACCCCUACAUCUCUAUUCACAUCCGUCAAGUCGGUGACUUCACUCGAACCCUCGGAGACGCCCUCGGAGCUGGUGCUGCACAAGCCAAGCUCUACGACGGUGUGGAUCCCAAUGGUAUGUACGAAGUUGCCCUCGAAAACGGUCAAAAAAUGCCCGACAUCCGCAUAGAUGGUCCCUACGGUGCUCCCGCCGAAGAUGUCUUCGAGAAUGAAGUCGCAGUCCUCAUCGGCACUGGUAUCGGUGUAACGCCAUGGGCAUCCAUCCUCAAAAAUAUUUGGCAUCUUCGUCACGGAACAAAUCCUCCCGAACGUCUUCGUCGAGUAGAAUUUAUCUGGGUUUGUAAAGAUACUACAUCCUUCGAAUGGUUCCAAGUCCUUCUUUCAUCUUUGGAAGCACAAUCUCAAGAAGCAGCAUCACAACCCGGUAAUGAUGGACAAGAAUUCUUACGUAUCCAUACUUACUUGACCCAAAAAUUGGAUAUCGAUACGGCGCAAAAUAUCGUAUUGAAUAGUGUUGGUGCGGAUGUCGAUCCAUUGACUGAAUUGAAAUCGAGGACGAAUUUCGGUAGACCGGAUUUUACAAAACUGUUCGAGGGAAUGAGAGAUGGAAUCAUGGAUAAAACAUAUAUGUCUGGCUUGGAGGGAGAUUUUAAAACUAAUAUUGGAGUUUACUUUUGUGGACCAAACGUAGCAGCCCGCUCCAUCAAAAAAGCAUGUAAGAAUGCGACGACUCGCGAUGUCAAUUUCUCGUUUUGGAAAGAACAUUUCUAG